CCUUUCUGUGCAACCUUUGGGUGUAUGGGGAACCGGACCGACUCAAUUAUAAUUUUGGGGAGAUAUUGUAACCUACUGCAUCAAACCGUGUCCAAUUGUUUGAUGUAAACGACCUGUUUAUUAUUAUAUUUGAGAACUAAGAUAACAUCACACAUCCAGCACAAAGUGCGACAUAAACAUGCUUUGAACACGCAUUUACCAUACACAAAUAAUGGACGUGGCAUUAAAGACAUAAACGAAAAUAGUUAAAAUGCCGGUUAAGAAAGGGGAUGUGCUUCUCUAGUAGCAACGGCUGGUGUAAAUAAUCGGGGGAAAAUGGCGACCGGGCAUGUCUGGUUACUGGUUUUAGGAUCUGUGAUCUUGUGCAACCUCGUCAAAAUAAUGUUGCCGUCCAUUUCCUCCCAUUUAUCCAGAGUGUUUCAGAAGAAUGCAGAGCAGGAGGUGGAGAUGAGGGCCAAGAUUCAGGACAUGAAGAAGGAGCUUUCAUCGAUCAGUAUGAUGGACGACUUUGCUAGGUACGCGCGACUCGAGCGCAAGAUCAACAAGAUGACCGACCAGUUGACAACGUUUGUGAAGUCCAGAACAGCACAGCAAGCAAAAACAAAAGGGGUGGUUAACGUUUUGUACUAUCUACUACAGGCUGUGUUGAUGAUCUCCCUGAUCUGGCACUACUGUGCUGACCCAGUGACUGUGCUCCCCAGUAAGUGGAUUUCUCCUCUGGAGCGAAUGGUGGCCUUCCCAUCUGGAGUGGCAGGUGGGGUUGGAGUCACCUGCUGGCUCGUUGUAUGUAACAAGGUGGUCGCCAUUGUGCUCCAAGCUGCGGGGCGAUGAGCUGAGGACUCGGCACUUCCUGUGGAUGAGCACUUCCUGUGGAUGAACACUUCCUGUGGAUGAACUGGAGAUGAGGGGCAACUUUGCUGUCUAUUGUGACCAAAUGAUGCACUAAACAAAUAUUUGCAAUUGUUCUCAUGUAUGUCAUUUGAUAUGAAAGUGUGUAAAUAAAGUAUUUUCAUACA